AUGGGAGCACCAGGAGCAUUACCACCAACCGAUAUUAUUGAUAGACCAAUUGAAAACUAUUAUGAAACAGUUCAUUUUGUUAAGUUUCAUACCCAAGAUUGCAUGCCAAAUCAUUUUAGAUUAGUUUUGGCAGUGGAAAAAGGUUCUUGGUCAAGAGCUAUUAGAGUUUGUGAAUCUUCACAAAAUGGUACUGCACCAUGGAAAGAGAUUAAAGUAGCCGGUAACAAUGAAGCAACCCCAUUCUUUCCACCAUCACCAUCAAGCCUUCAAUGGUCUGAGCAAUUCCGUUUUGAAGCUGCAUGGAUCAACAUGAGCAACUACUCCACACUUCAAUUGGAGUGCUGGAAAGAUGAAGGAGUACCAUUCUUCUGGACCUGUAUUGGUGGAAAGAAGAUUAAACUUCCAGGUGAAGUCAAUAGCUACGCAGGACAUACUUUAGUAUGCUUCUGGCUCGAUGACAACAGCAGAAUUGAACAAUCUAAUUUAAAAAAUGUACCAUACCCAGCACCAGCUCAACUAAUUAACACCAGACCAUUAAUUUUAUUGUCAUCCUCUAUAUAUUUUGAUGAUCGUAGUUUGGUGGGUGAAGAUCAACAAUUUAGUGGAAUUCGUCAAAAAAAAUUCUAA